AUGUCCAUCGUCUCGCUGGCCACGGGCGAGCCAACCUGUACGCUGGAGGAUUUGAGAGCAAUCUGCCAUGCCAGCAACUUCUCCAUCAAGCCCGGAACUCUCAACGAGACCGCGUUCCUCUUGUUUGCCAACAGUUUCGAUGCAGUCUGUCAAAGUAUCCAGGAUCUACCUGAGUAUGAAGACCCAAGGCUGGCUCCAACCGCGGUCCAGGAAGGGGAGAGAACGUACUACAGACCCGACCCUACCGAGAACCCAUUGAACGGCUGGGCUCACAGGACGACGCUUACAUCCGCCGACCCAGAGUCCAAGAGUGGGCUCCUAGCGGGCCGGACUGUCGCUUUUAAGGACAACGUGUCAGUAGCUGGCCUGCCUCAUGGCCUCGGGUGCUCUCCGAAACAUUUCAAAGAUGGCAAACAUCCCAUCAGCACCAUCGACGCUACCGUGGUCAAGCGGAUUUUCGAUGCUGGGGGUAUUGUCAAGGGCACUGCAACCUGCGAAAACUUCUCGGCGUUUGCACUCAGCUUCACCUCCGAUUCGGGAGUCGUACACAAUGCGUGGUUACCGGGAUACGCCACUGGAGGAAGCAGCAGCGGCUGUGGUACACUCGUGAGCGUCGGGGAUGUCGAAGAAGCACGAAAGAAUGGCAAAGACAGCCGAGACUAUCCUCUCGGCGAAGGCGCUGACCUGGCAGUGGGAGGUGACCAAGGAGGCAGCAUAAGACUCCCGGCCAGCUAUAGCGGUAUCUACGGACUCAAGCCCACCCACGGUCUCAUCCCGUACACCGGCAUCGCCUCGCUGAACCCCAUGAUGGACCACACCGGGCCCAUGGCAAGGACGGUAGAGGAUACGGCUCUCUUGCUUCAGGUCAUGGCCGGGUACGAUGGCAUUGAUCCUCGCAUGACGCCAGAGUCUCCUACUUUCGAUCAAGUCGAGAAUUACCUCGACAAUUUGAACGAAUGGAUAUCACAGAAGCAGCAACAUGGCGAGUGGAUCCUUGCAGCUGCCGCCAAAGGGCUACGAAUCGGCAUCCUCAAAGAAGCCUUCGAAGUACCCGGCCUCGACCCAUCCGUCCGCGACACCGUCCGCGCAGCCGCAGACCGCUUCAAAUCUCUCGGCGCAGAAGUCCACGAAAUUUCCAUCCCCCUCCACAAACUCGGCGCCGCAAUCUGGACAAUAGCAACACGACCCCAAAUGCCUCACUUCGUCGCCAACAAACCCGGCGAUAUGCUAGGCCACCCUCUCCCGCACCUGGACCCCUUGCCAAUCGACCAAGACUUCUUUGACAUCCUCUCCAACCGCAACCCAGCAGUCGUCAACGUCCUCAUGAACGCCGCCCACCUCGAACACAAAUACGGCCCCUCCCUCAUCCGAAAAGCACACAUGCACGUCCACCAACUCAAAGCCGCCUACGACGAAGCAUUCGAGCGAGUAGAUGUCCUCCUCACGCCCAUCAAUCCCACCGUGGGCCCGCCUCACCCGAAAGGAACCCUGAAAACGGAAGGGAAUCCGAACGGGUUGAGUGAGAGGAUCAUGGAUCUCUUUGAGCCUGCGAUUGGGAAUACGCUGAAUACUUGCUCUUUUAAUGUCACGGGGCACCCCGCUAUGAGCAUGCCUGUGGGAUGGGGAGAGGUGAAGGGUGGGGAGGGGCGACUGCCGAUUGGGAUGCAGGUUGUUGCGAAGAGGUGGGAUGAGGGGAGCAUUUUCAAGGCGGUGAGUACAGUCCAUGCUAUGCGAAUUUCAGGAUCUCAAGCUGAUGAUGAUGAUGAUUCCAGGCCAAAGCAUGGGAAGUCGGCGGAAGUUGGAAGGACUCGUGA